AUGGUACGACGCCGAAAAUCUAAAGUAACGCGAGUUAUCAAUUUGGUUAAACAUAUAAUUGCAUUCUUCUUUUCACAUGUUGGACUUUGUGCUUUGGUUGUCGGUUAUGCGUUAUUGGGUGCAGUGGUAUUCAAAGCGGUUGAAGGUCCGCACGAAACGCGGAUUCAGAGUGAAGUUACGGCUGCUCGAAAUCGAGUUGUGAAUAUUGCAUGGAGCAUCAAAUGGAAAGCAAAUUUAAGGCGUAAUCUCUUCAACCAAACUUGGAAAAAUGUGCUUAGUCAACAGGUGAAGAAGUUUCAAGUAAAAUGUAUGUGGGCAAUAAGACGCGGAUACGAUGGAAAGGUAAAUUCUGCUGUGUUCACUUGCUUUUCACUCUUCCUUCAACUUCUGCUCAGCUGUGCUCUUGUGCUGUCAGUUUGGUUUGGUUUCUCAAAAGUUUAA